CUGUGCUCAGCAAUAGGAAAUGCUUUAUUAGCUGGGAGUGGUGGAGACAAGCCAGGCAGGAAGAGGCAGUAAUAAGAAACAUUUUUUGACUUCUCCCACAUCCAGGGCUCAGAGAGCUUGCCAAGCAGCCGCGCUCGGACACGGGGACGGAGGCCGGACCCCCUGGGGCUGGGAAAGGCAGUCCAGGCGCACCACCCCACUCCCCAGCUGCGGCUGGCGGGACACCAAAGCCAGCCCGCUACCCUGCCCUGCCCGCUUCCCGUCUGCAACGCCAGGAGGGGACAAGGAGGAAGGGGGCUGCCCCAUGACGCUGCUUCAGGUCGGAGCUCAUAGCGCAGGGGAGAGCGGCCCGGGGUGAGCCCAGUGAAUGUCCCGGGCGCUGCUACCGGCGGAGGCUCGCGUUUGGGAAGAGUCGCCAGCCCCAUCGGCCGCAGAGGCGGGCAGAGCCCCCAGAGCUGGGGGUCCCUGCAGCACCCCUGCCCCAGACAGUGCCAUCCAGGAGAGGGAAGACCACCUGCAGCUCCAGAGCAGCCGCCAGCAGUGCUGGAAUUGCUUCUGGCCGCUGGGGCCAGGCUCUGGUCCUCGCUCCAGCAAAGUCGGCGGGACGUCUCCGGGUUUGCACUGGUGCAGCACAGCUCAGACUCGGACCCCGCUCCCUCAUUAAGGAGGAAGAAGGCUGCGGGGAGCCAUGGGGGCCAUCCUUCUGGGCGCGCUGACCCUCCUGUGGAGCUUUCCAGCCGAGGGGCUGAGGUGCAUCUGCGACCGGCCGCAGUGUGAGAACACCACCUGCGUGGGGAAGAAGUGCUUCGUGAGCAGGAGCCUGGAGAAUGGGCACGUUGUCCGCAGCAAGGGCUGCAUCAGCUCCAACUUCCAGGAGCAGUGCCAGACCGCCGCCAUGGAGCAGUACGCGAUGGAGUGCUGCUCCUCCAACAUGUGCAAUGAGAACAUGGACGUCCAGCUGAAAGAGGUGCCCCGAGAGGACACUUCUCUGAAGAACCUUCUCCUGAUGAUCUUCGUGCCCCUGUCGGCCCUCCUUGUCCUGGGGGUGCUCCUCGCGCUCUUCUCCUGGAAGAUGGUGCAGCACUGCCAGAAGAGGCAACAGUUCACCCACAACAACCUGGGGGAUUUGGACCUUGUGCUGAAGGGCUCCACGGUUGGGGACAGCACCUUAGAGGACCUGCUGAGUGACGACUGCACCACUGGCAGUGGCUCCGGCUUGCCCUUCCUCGUCCAAAGGACCGUGGCACGGCAGAUCACGCUGGUGGAGUGCGUAGGAAAGGGGCGCUACGGGGAGGUGUGGCGAGGCAUGUGGCACGGGGAGAACGUGGCUGUGAAGAUCUUCUCCUCCCGGGACGAGCAGUCGUGGUUCCGCGAGACGGAGAUCUACAACACGGUGCUGCUUCGGCACGACAACAUCCUGGGCUUCAUCGCCUCCGACAUGACCUCGAGGAACUCCAGCACCCAGCUGUGGCUCAUCACGCACUACCACGAGAACGGCUCGCUCUAUGACUACCUGCAGAGGAUGGCUCUGGACACCGAGACCUGCCUGCGCCUAGCCUCCUCCAUUGCCUGUGGCCUGGUCCACCUGCACGUGGAGAUCUUUGGGACGCAGGGGAAACCGGCGAUUGCUCACCGAGACCUGAAGAGCAGGAAUAUCCUGGUGAAGAACAACAGGCAGUGCUGCAUCGCCGACCUGGGCCUGGCGGUCAUGCACUCUCAGGGCAGCGACUACCUGGACAUCGGGAACAACCCUCGCGUGGGCACCAAGCGCUACAUGGCGCCGGAGGUGCUGAAUGAGCAGAUCCGUACAGAUUGCUUUGAGUCCUACAAGCAGACGGAUAUCUGGGCGUACGGCCUGGUGCUGUGGGAGAUCACCCGCAGGACGGUUGUGAACGGCAUCGUGGAGGAGUACAGGCCUCCGUUCUUUGACGUGGUUCCGAGCGACCCCAGCUUCGAGGACAUGAAGAAAGUGGUGUGCGUUGACCAGCAGACGCCCUGCAUCCCGAACCGCUUGUACUCUGACCCGGUUUUGUCUGCCCUGGCGAAGAUCAUGAAGGAGUGCUGGUUUCAGAACCCCUCUGCCAGGCUCACAGCCCUGAGGAUUAAAAAGACACUGAAGAAGCUGAACAGCUCCCUAGAAAAACCCAAACAAGACUAUUAAGUGCAGGGCACAGACCCAAGAGCCCUGGGAUCAGGUUUCUGACUCGGUCUCUCAGGCUUCGGUGUAGUAGGGAAGCCGCAGAGGUUCAAGGUCACUGACUAUAGGUUGAUCCCCGCCUCUUGAGGGGACUGUAAAACCUGGUUUUUCCUUCUAAGUCCAGCCCUGGUCUGGCGGAUGGAUUUUGGCUACGACCCCCCCGCCCCGCCGGAUGAUCUCAGCCUGCUGCAGAGGAGAGCUGCGCAGCAGCUGCCUGUGGCCUCCGGCGUGCAUUUCGCAUUGAUUCUCCAGCGUCCUCUGGGUUGGGCCUUUUUUUAUUCUCGAAAAAAACCCCCAAGCUCUCCUGGCCCAUUUAUAAAAAUACCCCCCAGAUCUGUAAUCUGACGCCAGCCGGUCUCGCCUGCCAGACGGGAACAUUAGCACCAGUCGAGAGUGUGACCUCCCCCUGCGCCCCACCCCGCCCCGCGCCGGGAGUGGGCAGUCGCCUUGGAAAUCCUUGUCGGGACCGCUCUGGAAGCAAGAGUCUUGUUUUAGCACUGGGGAGCUGGGUGCACGUGUGUGCAGGCAUGCACGCGUGCACAUGUGUCUGCCCGCCUGAAUAGCACAAGGGAGAGCUCGAAAUAGCCGGCGGCCCGGCAGCAGCUCAGAGCGUAUCGUGAGACCCCUGGCGCGUGCUCUGCGUGCGCAUGUGUGUGCUUGUCUGACGUCUGCAUGCAGGGGGCGUAGCCAGGACUGCAGGGGAUGCUCAUAUUUAGCGUCUCAUUGGGAAAAAUAAAAGCCUGCUCCCUCCUCCAGUGCAAAACCCCACGGGAAGGUCCACAUUUACCACCCCUGAGUCUCCCUGGGCCUUCCAGUCUGACUGUGGCUGCCGUGUAAUUCAUGGCCCCCUCUGCCAGCUGCGGUGGAGUCCUGAGCUUGCCACGUACCAGGCCUCUUAUUUGCGUCAGACCCAGGGGCUCUCUCCUUUACCUCCCCUUCUUUAUACCAGCAAACAGGUGAUGCCUGCAGCCACCUGCAGUCCAGUACUAGUAGCACCUUGCUGGGCUGCCCCAACCUCCUGGGGGGAGGAAUUUCUCUGUCCUGCAGCUCCCUCCCUUCCAUGUGGCCACCCAGCUCCUGUCUCCGGAGAAAACCCCCAGCUGCCCGUGGCUGGAGAGCAGAGCCCCAUCGCUGCCACAGCCAAACAUGAAGGCACAUAGGCUUGACCCAAACCCGAGCCUCUCCUGUGAUUCUGGCACCAGCAAUGAUCCCAGCCCAGCGCUCCCACAGCAACAGAGCGCCCGGGGCGUCCCCAGCAAGGGUGCAACAUGCAGUGCUUUCUGUAUUAUUAUUUUUGCAAUUUCUCCAGCAAAAGACAGUGCCAGGUCAGGUCUGGGCCACCCUCCCUUCUCCACGAUUCGGCUGUGCUGCAUCCCGUCUCUGCCCCAUGAGGUACUUCAGAGUUGUUUGCUUCCCUGAGGACAGGAGUUACCUAGCCACGUGCCGAGCAGAUUUGCUAAGGAGAGUCCUGAGCUGCUCCCAUGUCCAGCACCUGGAUGAGGCCUGAAGGGCCCGAGCUUCCAGACCGUGCAGCCUAGAGAUGAGACCUGUCUGCCGCUCUUCCCUGAGGCUGCUGGAUGCACAGAGGCCCGGUGCCUCUCUCCGGUCGGUCUCCCAGAGCCCAGGCGGCCGUGUGUUACCAGGGGCUGACCAUCCCCUGCACUGGAGGUGUCAGUGCUCGUGUGAGAUAGCUGUGUGGCACGAGCACCCUGCCAAGGUGCCUCACACUCCCUUUGCACAGGUGCCAGUGACACCGGGGCGAUCGGCCGGCAAUGCUCUUGCAGCUAUUGCCAAGAUCCGCCCCACUGCCAUGCGCCAAGGGGUGCUCCAUGCCCUCGAGGGCUGAGGGCGCCCCAAAUUCAACCUGCAGCUGCGCUGCCGCUGUCACCAGAGGGCGAGGACGGAGCAGAACAGCUGCAGGUUUCCGUGUCAGGGAUUGCAGCCAACAAGCAGCUACUGCUCAGCUAUCGCAGAAGAUAUGAGCGGAGCAAAAUAUUAUGGCUUUGUGGGUGCUGUUUGUGAUCACAGCUACGGGCCGGCCCCGAGAGAUUCCCAGUGCGCGGAGGGAGGGUGCCCCUGCCCAUCCAGGCCCUUGGGGAAGAGGGAGGGGGGCUGGUGUUUGCACAGGAAGGGCCUGAUCCUGCUCCUUGCUGCAGCCAGCUGGGAACUCGGCCUCUGCUUUCAAAGGGGCGCAGGUCUGAGCUCUUGGUCUGGCUCCUGGCAAGUUGCUGGAGCAGCCCAGGGAGUGCUGCCAAGUCAGGGCCCCGAGACCUCUUCCCCCACUCUUCUGGGCCCCUCACACGGCUCGUCCAUCCCUGCGAGUGGGGCCAUGCACAGGCUCAAAACAGGGGGGCUCUUUAAUGACCUUAUUGAACAGUGGCUUGAAACCCCGUUCCUGGGUCACCCCCCAUGGCACUCGCCUGGCAGCCAGCGGUGUCUUCAAGGCUGAGAAACAGUGCCUGCUGCACCCCCAGCCCUCCCUCCACUGGAGUUCAGCCGCACAAAGGUCUCUCAGCUACCGAGGGGCCAGUCCCGAAGUUCCCAUUUGACCCCCAUGCUGGCCCACAGGCUGCAGCUCUGCAGUGCGGCGGGAUCCAUUUGGUCUCCUCUGCAACUUCAAGGACACCCAGCAAGGCAGCUUUGGGCCUAGGCAAUAGCUAUUUAAAUAUUAAGAUUUAAUAUAUUGAAUAAAGUGUAAAGCUAUUUUCUCUCUGCCUCAUACGCUCAGCAAGGCAGCAGGGAGAGGAGGGAACCUGCCGCCGAGAGCUCGCGAACCAUUUUUAUUUAUUGCUCCUGUGUACUAGCAUCCCAGCUCUCAUUUGCAUCUAGCUCCCACAAUAAACCACACUUCCACCUGUU